AUGCAGUACGUCCCUUUCGCCUCAGACAUCGAGAUCCCCUUCUACGCCGCAUUGGCCUCGCACAAGAUCAACCAUGACAAGUUGGACGACUCGGCCCGCAAACUGCUGGGCUUGUAUGAGAUCCGCCCGGGCGAUGCGAAGGAACAAUCGUGUCGGAUGCAGAUCCGCGCCACCGCGCUGACGAGCGACGAGGUCCCCGCGGGCUGUUACCGCGCCGAAGGGAUGAUCAAGAACUUCAACACGAUCGAAGACUACCGCAACACUGACAAGCUCGCCAUGAUCCAACAAGCGGGCAAGACCAUCUGGGAAGCCAUCAACGACGGCACCAUCUACUCGUGCCCUUCUUUGCUCGCGUCGUUCCUGGUCCUCUCCUACGCCGACCUGAAGAAGUACAAGUUCUACUACUGGUUCGCGUUUCCGGCCCUGGUCAUGGAUCCACACUGGGGCCCAGUCGGCCAGUCCCCGUCCGGUGCGGGCGCGCCGUAUAAAAAGUUGAAUGGCCUUGAAAGCACCACCCUCGUGGACAGCGUCAUGACCUGGAAAUACGGCGUUGAUGCAAGACAACACGGCUUUUUCCUGGCCAAAAAGCUCCGGAAGAAUCAGCAGCUCAGUCCUAUUGACGACGAGUUUGGACCCACGUCGCCGACAUCACCGCUCACGCCGACCGCUAGUCUCGCAUUCGACUGGAAGGUCGCCGGCCUGUCGAGCUACGAGGACGGCUUUUUCGACGGCGUGGAUUCGGAGGACCGCUACGUCUGUUUCGCCGACCCUUCGAACUACGGCGAGCCCGGCCCCGUCGCGCCUGGCUGGAUGCUGCGCAAUCUGCUGGUCCUCGUGCGCCAACGAUGGAAACUGAGCAGAGUGCAGAUCCUAUGCUAUCGAGAGACGCAGAUGCGACGGGACGCGGCACGCAGCGUCAUCUUCGACAUGCAAGUGCCCUUGCCGGAGGAGCAGCAGGAACAGCAACAAGAUCAGCCAACCACCAAAAUGCCCAAGGUCGUGGGCUGGGAGCGCAACGCCGCCAACAAACUCGCAGGCCGCAUGGCCGAUCUGACGGAAUACAUGGACCCCAAGAAACUGGCCGACUCGAGCGUCGACCUGAACCUGAAGCUGAUGAAAUGGCGCAUCAGCCCGAACCUGGACCUGGACCGCAUCAAGGAGACAAAGUGUCUGCUCCUCGGCGCCGGCACGCUGGGCAGCUACGUCUCACGCAACCUGCUCGGCUGGGGCGUGCGGAAGAUCACGUUCGUGGACAACGGGUCCGUCUCCUUCUCCAAUCCCGUGCGUCAGCCGCUGUUCAACUUCGCGGACUGCCUCGACGGUGGCAAGAAGAAGGCCGUCGCCGCCGCCGAAGCCCUGCGCCAGAUCUACCCCGGCGUCGACACCGAGGGUCAUGUCAUCUCCGUGCCCAUGGCCGGCCAUCCCGUCACGGAUGUCGAGAAGACUAAAGCAGACUACGACACAUUGAAACAGCUGGUGGACGACCACGAUGUCAUUUUCUUGCUGAUGGACACCCGUGAGGCGAGGUGGCUGCCGACUGUCAUGGGCAAAGCUGCCGGCAAGAUCGUCAUGAAUGCCGCCUUGGGAUUCGACACCUAUGUGGUCAUGAGACAUGGCGUGAGAGUACAAGAGGAAACCAACAAGAACCAACGGAGCGAAGAUGAAGGCGAUGGUGACAGUCUCCAUCGGAAUCAAGACCGGUCAGAGUUGGGAUGCUAUUUCUGCAACGAUGUCGUCGCGCCCGCCGACUCGAUGAAGGAUCUGACCCUCGACCAACAAUGCACCGUCACCCGGCCCGGCAUUGCGGCCAUUGCCUCUGCACUACUGGUGGAGCUGCUUGUUUCCGUCCUCCAGCACCCCCGCGGCCCCGCGGCCCCGGCUUCCACUUCCCCGUCAGAAGAUCGUGGCGAGCAUCCGUUAGGCCUGGUACCACACCAGAUCCGCGGGUUCCUGUCGAAUUUCACCUCCCUCAACAUCGCCGGUCGAGCGUACGAUUGCUGUAGCGCCUGUUCAGAAAAGGUCUUGACAGCGUACGAGAGCGACGGGUGGGAGUUUGUCCAAAAGGCACUGAACAACAAGGACUAUGUCGAAGAGCUGAGUGGGUUGAAAGAGGUGCAGCGUGCGGCCGAUGCGGCCGCGGCCGAUAUCGAUUUCAGCGAGGACGAUAUGCCCGAGGACGAAGAGGGAGAAUUGAUAUAA